ACCAUCUGUCGGAGCGGAGAAGUUGCCAGCCGACCUCGAGGAACUCACGGUUUCGGUGCCAGCGAACCUGCGGCGCCGUUUACACGCGUUCCGUUGUUUUCGUGCUCGUCGUUGACUUGCAUUUCGCGUGUUUAUCUGCUUACUUGGCCGUGCUAACCGAUAUAAUAUACGUGAACAGUGUCGUAGAUUUGUAACACAUUGAGGUACAAAGAAAGAGAUCGUUUACACAGCGACGCGAUGGUCAGCAAGGAUUUGAAGAUGAUGGCCCAGGAGGCUAACCCCUACCUGAAACCGCCGAGCAUGUCGACGAGCCAGUCUUUGAAGACUUUUAUUUACAACAGCGAGACCGGUGCCGUUAUGGGAAGAACAGCCAGUAGCUGGGGUAAAAUUGGACUGUUCUAUUUAAUAUUCUACGGGGUGCUGGCUGCACUAGUUGCAAUUUGCUUCUGGGGAUUUUUUCAAACACUGGAUCCGAGGGUACCGAGGUGGCAGCUGGAACGUUCGAUAAUUGGAACAAGUCCUGGUCUAGGAUUCAGGCCUAGACCACCACUAGAGAAUGUGGAAAGCACACUGAUCUGGUACAGGGGAACGGACAGCGAGAACUUCAAAUACUGGAUUGAUUCCCUACAGGCUUUUCUCAAAGAUUAUAUAACACCAGGUUCGGUUCCUGGUCUAGGUGCAAACAUUAAUAAAUGUGAUUACAAUCAACCACCACCGCCUGGGAAGGUCUGCGACGUCGACGUUAAGAAUAUGGGACCUUGUACUAAAGAAAAUAAAUACAAUUAUCACAGAAAUGCUCCAUGCAUUUUUCUUAAACUUAAUAAGAUAUAUGGUUGGAGACCAGAGUACUAUAACGACACGGAUUCAUUACCAGAAAAAAUGCCUGUCGAUCUCAAGAACCAUAUUGGCCUUCUAAAGGCAAAUAAUUCUUUAGAACUUAAUACCGUGUGGGUGUCCUGCGAAGGAGAAAGUCCUGCCGAUCAAGAAAAUAUAGGACCAAUUCAAUAUAUACCGCGAAGAGGAUUUCCCGGUUAUUUUUAUCCGUAUGAAAAUAACGAGGGAUACCUUAGCCCCCUGGUCGCCAUUCAUUUUGUUCGACCACGUACUGGAAUUUUAAUAAACAUAGAGUGCAAGGCGUGGGCGAAGAACAUUAGACACAGCCGCAACGAUGAAAUGGGCGCAGUCCAUUUGGAGUUGAUGAUAGAUUAAGAGGGCUCACGCACCUUUUUGGCCCAUCCCUUGUUAGCGUACAGAGGCUAAACGCGAAUCUCAUAUUGUCUGACUCUUCGACAUAGACUCCCGCUCAGAAGUAUGUGGACACUUCCUUAAUAGAAAUAAAUACCUAAUCAAAGUUGCGAAUCUAUUAAUAUCAAUUACAUCAUUUAUGUUUCCAUAUGUUUAUGUUGCAUUAGUAAAUAUAUUUUAUUAAUAGUUUUUUUUUUUAAACAUCAUAUUAGUAAUGAUAAACAAACCAUAGAGAUAACUAGAUAAUGAUAAAAUUCCUUUUACCAAACUUGGAUACCAUUAAUUUCUUUAUUGUAUCCGAAAUAAUAUUAUCUCAUACAAUAAAGGUUGUAUAGUAAUAAUUUACGGUGUAUAUUAAUUAAUCAUUGAAGGUAAUAAGUGUCCACAUGUUUAUGAACGAAGGUGUACCUAUAUGCUAUUGAAUAAAGCCGUGAAGCCGUCAGAAACUGAUUACAGCUGGCAAAGUGGAUACAAUUUUUGUCAAGUACAAAACUAAAAAGGAUUUUUUGUGUUCGUAUUAUCGGAAGUCUGUUUCUCGUGUACCGAGACAAGUUUCAGGUUUUAUACAACCUGUAUGCAGUGUUCAGCUUCUUAUGCCAUAUCUUAUUCGAGUGAAUUUUAUAAAAGAAAAAAACGUACCAUUAAGAUAGUUCUUCAUUGAUCUGACAUAAUAGAAACUAUACAAUGGAAAAAGUAUAUACAAAGGAUAGACAUGCUUACUGUGUGUUAAUACGAACAUAUUUUAAAAAUGGAUGUAAUUGUAUUCUUUCACAAUGAAAUUUUCAUGAUUAAUUGUAAUAAUAAAUAAAAGUAGAUAUACUGCUCCUA